AUGUCACGCACUUGGUCUUGGGAGAGAGGCGGCAACAAGUUUACCUCGUCGGUGGUUUCACUGUCAGAUGCCAUAGUCACAAUAUACUCAUCAUCUUUGUCAUCACUGUCAUCAGGUUCAAGUUAUUUUAUAUUACAAGGUGAUGAUGUGAGGCAUCUUGUCUUUGGGGCAGAUUUUCAAGAUCUGAGUGAAGUAAUGAAAGUUUUCAAAUCUUCAUUAAUAUGCCCUUUGAUCUUUCUAGUGUUGUUCAUCAAUUUUUCCCUUGUUUUUUUCACUCCUUCAAAUGAUGAUCAUAUCAAAGUCAACCAUGUAAGUGUGAUAUCAUCUUCAUCACCACAAGGGAAAUCACCUCAUGAGCUUCAAUUGACAUCUUCAAUUAAUGGUAGCUACAAUAAUGCUACAAUUCAAGCAUGGAUUAAGUUUGGCCAUGGUAGAAAAAAUAUGACUAGUUUGGAGAGGAUUGAAGAAGGUUUAGCACAUGCACGAGCAUUGAUUCAGAAAGCAAUUCGAUCCAAGAAGUACACAAUCACCAUGAAGCAGAGUUUUGUUCCAAAAGGAUCCAUCUACUUGAAUCCACAUGCUUUUCACCAGAGCCACAUGGAGAUGGUGAAAAGAUUCAAAGUAUGGGUGUAUAAAGAAGGAGAGCAGCCAUUGGUACAUGAUGGGCCUAUAAACAACAAAUAUUCCAUAGAAGGCCAAUUCAUUGAUGAAAUGGACACAAGUAACAAAAGCCCAUUUAAGGCUACCUAUCCUGAACAGGCCCAUGUUUUCUUUCUUCCCUUCAGUGUGUCUAAGGUCAUUCGUUAUAUUUACAAGCCUAGAAGAUCAAGAUCAGAUUAUGAUCCUCACCGUUUACAGGUUUUGGUUGAAGAUUAUGUUAACAUUAUUGCUAACAAGUAUCCUUAUUGGAAUAGAAGUCAAGGUGCUGAUCAUUUUCUGCUUUCAUGCCAUGAUUGGGGACCAAGAGUUUCUUAUGCCAAUCCAAAACUCUUCAAAUACUUCAUCAGAGCACUAUGUAAUGCAAACAUUUCAGAAGGAUUUUGGCCUAAUAGAGAUGUGUCUAUCCCUCAAUUGAAUUUGCCUGUUGGAAAGCUUAGUCCACCAAACACAUCCCAACAUCCAAAUAAUAGAACAAUAUUAGCUUUUUUUGCUGGUGGGGCCCAUGGUAAGAUUAGAAAAAAAUUACUCAAGCAAUGGAAGGACAAAGAUAAAGAAGUUCAAGUUCAUGAAUACCUUCCAAAAGGUCAAGAUUAUACAAAGUUGAUGGGCCUAAGCAAAUUUUGUUUAUGCCCUAGUGGACAUGAAGUGGCAAGUCCAAGGGUGGUGGAAGCAAUUUAUGCAGGGUGUGUUCCUGUGAUAAUUUGUGACAAUUAUUCUUUACCUUUUAGUGAUGUGCUUAAUUGGAGUCAAUUUUCUAUGGAAAUUCCAGUUGAUAGAAUACCAGAAAUUAAAACUAUUUUACAAAGUGUUACAAAAGCUAAGUACAUGGUGUUGUAUACAAAUGUGAAACGUGUACGAAAGCAUUUUGAGAUUAAUAGGCCUGCAAAACCAUUUGAUUUGAUACAUAUGGUACUUCACUCUGUUUGGCUCAGACGAAUAAAUUUCAAGUUAAUAACAACACCAUAAA